UGGUACCGGAAGUGUGUAAUGGAAGUGAAGAGAACAAGUCUCGCGGCCUGUUUCAAAAGCGGCGAAAAUGUCGACCGGAGUGGGAAAACACAAGAUGCUUUCUUUGGGCCCGACGGAACCCUGGUCGAUUCGGGAGAAACUCUGUCUAGCCUCUUCUGUGAUGAGAAGUGGAGAUCAAAACUGGGUUUCUGUAAGCCGAGCCAUCAAACCCUUCUCAGAGCCCAGACGACCCCCAGACUGGUUCUCCCAGAAGCAUUGUGCCUCGCAGUAUUCUGAGCUGCUGGAAACCACUGAAGCCCCAAAACGUAAACGUGGCGAGAAAGGUGAGGUGGUCGAGACCAUUGAGGACGUGAUCGUCCGUCGGCUGACAGCCGAGAGAAUCGAAGAACUCAAGAGACUGAUCAAAGACACACAGGAGAAAUACAGAAAACUGAAGAAAGAGGUGGAUUUGAUACAGACAGGUCACAUGGACUCUAAACUGGAGGAGCAUUGGGCAGAAAUAGAGCUAAAGAGGAAGCAGGAAGAGGAGGAGGCGGAGCAAAAGAAGCGGGCGACUGAAGCAGCCUAUCAGGUUCGCCAGGCAGCUAAAAACGCACCAAAGAGACUUCCCAGCGUAACGGUACGCUCUCCUCUCGGGGCCUGUUCCCCAAGCAUGGACAUCCCACAGGCGGACACACCGCAGCCAAUGACAGACAAGCCUUGUGUCAGUCCCAUGGUCCAGACUCAGGUGGUGCCCGCCUUCAUGCCCGUGCCAGAGGCCACAGCCCCGGGACCGAAAGAAUCAACUCUGGGUGCUCUGGUCGAUGACUCCCCACAGAAGAAGCACCUGACCCCAAAAGCUACACCGCCUCCUUCCCCGCUGCUGUCUGAACUGCUGAAAAAGGGCAGUCUCAUACCAGCCAACUCUAGACUGGCUGUUGAAGGAGAGGUCGCCACGGGUUUGAGUAAUGGAUCUCAUGGAGUUGAGCUUCACACGGCUGCGACUGCAGCUGCUACGGUGCCGACCAAUCAGGACAUCGCAGCCGAUGUUCCUACGUUAUCUCGUCUGUUGGAGAGCUCCACCCCAGCGCAGCAGCCUGUCAGCGCUGACCCCCCUAAGCCCCCUACGGUUGUCCCCCCAGCUCCAGAUCACCUCUCUGUGCCCAACGCAGGGACAGCAGCCGUGGCUGAAGGUUCUGGAGCGGAGGCCGUGAUGGCAAGCUCGUCCACGCCGGCGGAGGUUGAGGAGAAAGAGGCCGAGCUGGUAGAGGAGGACACAGUGGUGUCUGUGUCAUACAUGGCUCAUGAACUCGACCUGGAGACGGUGGGAGACAUCAUCGCUAUCAUAGAAGAGAAGGUGGAUGACCCUGUAGAAGCUCUGGAUGCUGCUGCAGUAGAAGCUGCUCUCUCUCUCUGUGAAGACCCCGCGGUCGGAGGCCACCCGCUUACCAGCCCCUGGGAGUCCCAGACUUUUAAGGCUGCUGAACCAGAGCCAAACGUCCAGGAGAGCGCCGCCCCUGUGGUCCUGGAGACUGUUCCAGACCCUGUGGGUGUACAAGGAGAAAUGGAGGUUCUGGUUGAGGAAACAGAAAAAACAGAGGUGGCCAAUGGGGUGACCGAGGACUCCGUGGUGACCGCCGCCCCUGAUGCAGAGCAGAGCCAGGAUCCUGAGGUUAAGAUGGAGGCGGAGAGGGAAGCAGAAGGGGAAGAUGGGAUAGAGGAGGCACCGGAGGAGAACAGAACCCCAAGUCCAGCUGUGAAGUGCGAGGGGGAGGAUUGGGUUCAGCCAGAGACCGCCACACCCUGUUUGGAUUCCGAGGACAGCUCGGCAUCAGCAAAAGAUUCAAAGGAGGUGAAGGAAGAGGAUGGAGGCAGUGAAGUAGAUGUGGAUGAAGGGAUGGAGAUGAAGGAAUGUGCAGACGGAGAUGGAGAGGGGCCGUAUCUCUCAGAGGUAGAUCCUCCUGCCAGUGAGAGUGAAGAUGGAUACGGCAGUCACUCUCAGCGCUACACUACAGCGGACUCCACAGCCAGCAGUCCUGCAUCAUCGCAAUUUUCCAUGUGCAGUGAAGAUCAAGAAGCACUGCAAGCUCAGAAGAUCUGGAAGAAGGCCAUCAUGCUGGUGUGGCGGGCAGCAGCCAAUCACAGGUAUGCGAGUGUAUUUCUGCAGCCGGUCUCCGAUGACAUCGCCCCCGGUUAUCACAGCAUCGUACAUAGACCCAUGGAUCUGUCCGCUAUCAAGAAAAACAUAGAGUCGGGCCAGAUUCGUACGACGGCGGAGUUCCAGCGUGACAUCAUGCUGAUGUUCCAGAACGCUGUGAUGUACAACAGCUCGGAUCACGACGUGUACCACAUGGCCCUGGAAAUGCAGAGAGACGUUCUCGAGCAGAUCCAGCAGUUCUUGGCCACGCAGCUGAUCAUGCAGACGUCUGAAUCGGGCAUCGGCACCAAGAGUCUGCGCGGGAGGGAGGCAAACCGCAAGCAAGACCCGAACGAGAAGACCCUGAGUCCUGCACACAAAGACCCUCAUUUAGAGCCAGAACCACCAGCGAGAAGCAAAAGGAACAACUCCAAACAAGACACAAAUGAGAAGGACAGCCUCUCCAUGGCAUCUCCUGCUUUUCUUCUCUCUCUUUUUGACGGAGGCACCAGAGGGCGCCGCAGUGCCAUAGAGGCCGAUAUGAAGAUGAAAAAGUGAACAAAGAAUUUCACUGCAGCUAUGAGAAAAAUUGAAAUGGGCUUUAAUUACUCGUUUCUUCAAGAUUUUCUGGCUAAGUGUAGUUGCUUGAGGUUUGAUUUAGCGAAUCAGCUGUCUUUAAAGAUCCAGAUAAACAGACACUGGACACAAGGGACAUUUUACCUCCAUGAUGAGAGACUUUAAGGGCUUGACACCUGUCAAACCUCAACGGUCACAGAAUUUGUAGCCCACACGUAGAUCUGAAAUACAGGUCUGAUAGAAGACCCACAGGACGGGUCAGACUGACUUCUCCGGCACUUUCAUUGAAGCUUGGAGGAGUUCAUUAGUUUAACUGUUGUUAGCUUACUGGCCUCUUAAUGUCUAUGUGGAAUGUAUUAGCAUCAUGACCAGUUGAUGGUUACAAUGUCACUCCUUUACAAGCCAUUUUAAGACAAAGAUUUCCGUCGCCUUAUUGAAACACUUUGUGCUGUGUUGGUAGCAAAUAAACACUGAAUAACAGAAACGAGCAAUAGAAAUGAAAGCUGUUAUUUUAAACUGGACUCUUUCUUUUGUUUUCUGUCUGGAAAAAAACGAAUAUUGAUACUUUCAAAUUAAACGUUUUUUUUUGGUCUGCAAAGCUUAAAGUGAAAAUUAAGACACCUGUGCGUUUAGAAAGAACAUAUAGUUUUGUACAGGGUCUGUGUACAGUGCUUUUGUAUAUUGUGUUGUGAAUUGAUUUAAUAAAACAUAAGUAUGCAAAUAAA